CCCCCAACACCCGCCCGCGGGCCGCCGUUCCGCGCAGAGGAAGGCUGAGCUUCGUGGUCGCUUCGCGGCAGUCGGGCCGAAGCUCCGCCAGCAUGGAGUGAGCUGCGGAGUCCUGCACCGCGCGGACCUGUCAUGGAGCUGAGGAGAUCCAUCUCGGCCAGCGCGGAGGCCGAGAGACCGAUGAGGCGCUAUGGGGCAGUGGAGGAGACGGAGUGGAAGGCGGGGGCGCUGGGGAGAAAUGAACUUGACAUUAUUUCAAUGGCUGAAACAACAAUGAUGCCUGACGAAAUUGAGCUGGAGAUGGCGAAGAUCCAGAGACUUCGAGAAGUCUUAGUCAGAAGAGAAUCAGAGCUCAGGUUUAUGAUGGAUGACAUCCAGUUGUGCAAAGACAUUAUGAACCUUAAGAGUGAGCUGCAGAGCUUGGUGGCCAUCCCAGAAAAAGAAAAAACAAAGCUGGAGAAACAAAGAGAGGAUGAACUGAUUCAGAAGAUCCAUAGACUAGUACAAAAAAGAGAUUUUCUUGUAGAUGAUGCAGAAGUGGAGAGACUACGAGAGAAAGAAGAAGACAAAGAGAUGGCUGAAUUCCUGCGCACCAAGUUAAAACCCUUAGACAAAGCAACACAAUCUCCUACCAGCAGUCCAGCAGAAAAGAAGGCAGAGCCUCCUCCAAGCAAGCCCACCAUUGCCAAAGCAGGAUUGGCUAUUAUUAAAGAUUGUUGUGGGGCCACACAAUGCAACAUCAUGUAGCUCUGGGUGCUCUGCCAUGUUUGUCUUCUCAAAUGUUUUCAUUGAGUGAAACUAAGGUGAGGGGAACCAACAGCAUCCUGCUAAGGGAUUCAAGAGCAAGUGGCACAAGAGUAGUACAUGGAAUGCACAACAGCAGGUUCUUCACUGUUGCAUGGAUCACUUAACACGCAUGCCUAAAAACAAAAGAAAUCUAUUUAGUGGCUGUCCAGUGACCAGAAAAGAUCUGUAGUAGAAUCAACAAAAGCACCCCAGUGAUAAAGGUCAAAAGAGGCUCAAUUUCAUCUAGUGAGGUGUCAACCAGCAAUUUCCAUAGGCCAUCACUCUGUGAGAAUCCGUUGUAUACUUCUCUUCCUUGACAAACAGCACUCCAAUUGCUGAAAUAGCCCAUUUGGGCUAGUUUUCAAACCAAGAAGCAAUGCUAUCUAUAGAAUAACUGAUGGAUAAAACAACCUCAGGAUAACUGAUGUUGCAUACAAAAUACUUCAGCUAGUGUGAUGUUGAACUACCUUGCUGAGGAGUUGUGCUCCCAAUUCUUCCUAAAGAAUGAGGAUCAGGGACAAGGAUGCUGCAAGUAGAGAUAGAUGUUUUAUUUCUAUUU